AUGGUGUCCUUCAACAAGUUCUUCAAGUCGGUCUUCUUGGCCGUACUUUACGCCUCCGCUACCUCAGCGUCGCCGUUCCCUGGCAGUGCUAAACACGCCACCCACCGUGUACGCGAAGUCGGACGAGGACUCCAAGUCGAGACCUUCCACCCUCCUUCAUCCUUCGAGGCAUGUCACUCGCGGCCCUGGGAUGUGUUCGUCGAUGGUAUCGAUCACCCGCUGUCUAAACGUGACAACCCCGAUCUCGAGGAGUCUACUAUUGCCUUCGUCGAGUCCAAGCUCGGCGUAGCCAAGAAUGCCAUCUCCUUCAAGUCCGGCUUCACUGGCGAAACUGCUAAGCAUGCCUUCGUGAAGCAGAGCCACGACGGUAUCCCCUUCGCCAACGCUGUGGCCAACGUCGCCUUCAACAACGACAACAAGGUUGUCUCCUUCGGUUCUUCCUUCGUCAAGCCUGUCAAGAUUGCUUCCUCGACUCCCUCUGUGUCCGUGACUGACGCCAUUGCCAAGGCAGAGGAGCUCAUCGAUGGCCAGCACAACGACCACCCACCCACACUCGAGUUCCUCGCCCUACAAGACGGCUCCGUCGCACUCACCCACGUCAUCCAGAUCCAGAACGACGACACCGGUGCCUGGGUCGAGGCGUUCAUUGACGCCCACACUGGGGAACUUCAUUCCGUCACCGACUUCGUUGCGAAGGCUUCCUACCGUGUCCUUCCUAUCCAGAAGGAAAUCCUGACCCAGGGGUUCGAGACCUUGACCGACCCUCAGGAUCUCACCGCAUCCCCACAAGGAUGGCACAGCGACGGAACCACUACUACCACCACUACUGCUGGUAACAACGCCAUCGCCUUCAAAGGCUCGCAGUCUUCAGUCACCACCCAAUCAUCUGCUACGGACAACUUCAUCUUCACCCAGUCUGCUACCACCUCCCCCACCACGCAAGCUAACCUAGACGCCGCCCGCACCAACGCGUUCUACAUCGUCAACUCCGUCCACGAUAUUGCGUACAAGUACGGCUUCACUGAGUCUGCCUUCAACUUCCAGAACAACAACUUCGGGAAGGGUGGCGCUGGCAACGAUCGCGUCACCAUCUCUGUCCAAGAUGCCGCUGGGACCAACAACGCUGACUUCGCGACUCCCGCUGAUGGCCAAUCCGGCAGAAUGAGCCCCCAGCGCGAUGGCGCCCUCGAAAACGACAUCAUCGUUCAUGAGAAUACUCACGGCAUCACCAACCGAAUGACCGGUGGUGGAACCGGUAGAUGUCUCCAAACCACCGAAGCCGGUGGCAUGGGUGAAGGUUGGAGUGAUGCUAUGGCCGAAUGGACCGAGCACACUUCUGCAGCCUUCCCUGACUACGUGAUGGGUCAGUAUGUUACCAACGACGCCGGUGGAAUUCGUACACACCCAUACUCCACCUCCGCUACCGUCAAUCCCCUUCGGUACUCGACAAUCGCCACGUUGAACGAAGUUCACGAUAUUGGUGAGGUCUGGGCCAAUAUCCUUCACAACGUCCACGCGGCCCUCGUUGGCGUCCACGGCUUCUCUACCACUGCCCGCACCGACCCUACUGGCACCGCAGGAAACGUCGUCUUCUUACACCUCUUCAUCGACGCGCUGGCCCUUCAACCUUGCAACCCAACUCUUCCUACGGCUCGUGAUGCAUGGAUCCAAGCCGAUGUCAACCGAUUCGGUGGCACCAACUCGUGUACCCUCUGGCGAGCAUUCGCUAGCCGCGGCUUGGGUGUCGGUGCUGCCAACCACCGAGACUCGACCACCGUCCCCGCCGGCUGCUAA